UCAAUUUUCAAAUUCUCCUCAAUUUCUCAGGUCAACGAUACUUCAAGCGACCAGGUGAAAGAUUCGCAAGAUCAUUGAAAAUAAUUUCUGAAUUCUUGGGAUUGUUUCUCUUUAAUCUUCAGAAAUCUCAAAUAUAACCAAUGGGUCGGAAACCGAAUGACUCUGAGCCGACUCGUUGGGCCUCUUGGAUCCUGCUUUUGAUCGGUUUGGUCUCUUGUUCUAUGGUCUACAUGUUCGUAUCAUCAGUUUUUAAGCCAUCAGCACCAGGAAAUGAUUCAGAUGUUGAAUCAUUAGCACUGGCCGAGUCCUAUGAAAAUGGUGAGAAGUGGGUUAACGGCGUAGAGGGUGGUGGGUUGUGUUGUAAAGGGAUUGAGAAUUUGGAGCUUUGGGGGCCUGCUGUGAAAUGGGGCACGGAUUUCAAAUUCACUUCGUCUGAUGAAUGUUGUAAAGCUUGUAAAGCCAUGUGUACUGGAAAUGAUGGGCCUUGUCUUUGUGAUACCUGGGUUUUUUGUGGCAAUAAGCAGGCUUGUGGGAACAAAUUCGGUGAGUGUUGGUUGAAAAAACAGAAGGAUUUACUGGCCCCUGAAAAGCAGGAAGCAGGAGACAAAGUCAUGUGGACUUCUGGUCUUGUCUUUGGAAGAGGAGAGGGUAUUAUUGGAUUAGAGACGGAACACGGUACACUUCACAUCAAGCUUUUGCCCGAUUGUUCUCCACUUUCAGUUAAAUACAUCCUAGAGUUGUUGGCAUUACGCCAUUGUGCAGGUUGCCAUUUCUAUCGUGCAGAAAGCCGGGGUCAAUCUUGGGAUGCACAAGGAAAACACAUUAAAGAUGCUUCUUUCGGUCCACCAUUUGCUAUUGUUCAAGGAAUUCUGGAAGCCCAAGGAAUGAUCUUCAAUAAAAUCCCGUCUGAGUACUGUCCAACCAUAAGAAGAGGGUCGGUAGCAUGGGUUGGCUCAGGUCCUGAAUUCUUCAUAAGCUUGGCAAAUCACGAAGAAUGGAAAAAUUCGUAUACGGUAUUUGGUUUUGUACUUCCCGAAGACUUGAUGAUAGCUGAGAAAAUUGCUCAACUUCCUACAAAAUCAGAUGUUUGGAACAACAUUAACGUGUCUGUUUUAGAAAACCCUGUGCCCCUGAGGAUUCAAAGAUUGAAGACUAGUGUGUUGUAAUCUAAACACUGCUUCUACUUUGGACCGUGCUACCUAUACAAGUAAAUUAUAUUGAAAUUUUUUAUUUGUACAUAAAAAUGUACAUUAUGGAUUAAAUAAUAUGAUGUGGAUGGAAAAGAUUGAAUGAAAAAGUUGAUUGUAUUUUAAAAUGACCAAUAGUCGAGUGUCAUGUGACAUUAUGUAAUUUAUUAUAUAAAUCUUGAUGUAUAUAUAGCAAGAUCCGUUGUACGGGUAGCUUGAGA